UACUUUGGACUGAAAGACAAUAAAGGAGAAACAUUUUUGACACAUCCACGUCUGACAGAAAAUGGCAUCAAAAGAUAAAUCAGAAGAGGAUUUAACCUGUCCUGUGUGCUGUGACAUCUACACAGAUCCUGUUAUUUUAUCAUGUAGUCACAGCAUUUGUAGAACCUGUUUACAGCAGUUCUGGAAAACUAAAGGAUCUCAGGAGUGUCCAGUUUGUAGAAGAAAAUCCUCAAAGGAAACGCCUCUCACUAAUCUGGCUUUAAGGAACCUGUGUGAGACCUUCUUACAGGAGAGAAGUCAGAAAACUUCCGCAGGAUCUGAGGAGUUCUGCAGUCUGCACAAAGAGAAACUCAAACUCUUCUGUCUGGAGGAUAAAGAGCUUUUGUGUUUGGUGUGUCAGACUUCACGAAAACAUAAACAUCAUGAGUGCUGUCCUAUUGAAGAAGCUGCAGAGGACAGGAAGGAGGAACUCAAGACUGCACUGAAACCUUUACGGGAGAAACUGGAGAUCUUUAAGAACUUUAAAUUAAGCUUUGAUAAAAUGACAGAACACAUCAAGAAUCAAACACAACACACAGAGAAACGGAUUAAGGAGGAGUUUGAGAAGCUUCAUCAGUUUCUACGAGAUGAAGAGGCAGCCAGGAUAACUGCACUGAGAGAGGAAGAGGAGCAGAAGAGUCAAAGGAUGAAAGAGAAGAUUGAGGAGAUGAGUAGAGAAAUAUCAUCUCUUUCAGACACAAUCAGAGCCAUAGAAGACGAGCUAAGAGCUGAAGAUAUCCUAUUCUUACAGCAGAUGCUUUCAGGAGCACUGAUCAAUGUGGCAAAGCACCUGGGCAACCUGAAGUUCAGAGUCUGGGAGAAGAUGAAGGGGAUUGUUCAAUACACUCCUGUGAUUCUGGACCCAAACACUGCAACUCCAUCUCUCAUCCUGUCUGAGGAUCUGACCAGUGUGAGAUGUGUUUAUGUCCCAGAUCUUCCUGAUAAUCCAGAGAGAACUGUUGCUGCUGUGCUAGGCUCUGAGGGUUUUAACUCAGGGACACACUGUUGGGAUGUUGAGGUUGGAGACCAUUUCGUGUGGAUCUUGGGUGUGAUACCAGAGUCUGCACAGAGAAAAGUAUUCUCUCUAAAUGAAAUUUGGGUAAUAGGAUGUCAUAAAAAUGAAUAUGCAGCAAACUCUCCCAAUCAUGAAGAUACUCCCGUCAAGGUGAAUAAGACAAUCCAGAGAGUCAGAGUGGAACUCAGUUGGGACAAAAGAAAACUGUCAUUCUAUGACUCUUUAAAUAAUACACACAUACACACUUUCACACACACUUUUACUGAGAGAGUCUUUCCAUUUUUCUUUACUUUCAGUGCACAGUGCCCUUUGACUGUCUUACCAGUGAAGUUUGAUGUAACAGUCAAUUCUGUCUGA